CGUACAUUCAAUCCUACAUCGUACCAACUCACGCAUCAUGGCUCGACCAUCCAACCUCGAAAUCGUUCAAAAUCUCUACCUCGCGAACGAUAAUGCCGACUCAGAGGCUUUUUACAGGGAUCUCUCGCCAACCAUCACAUGGAAGGAAAGUGACGGCUUUCCAACACCAGGAGUGUUUCGCAGCAGGGCGGACAUUGAUCGCCAUGUAUUCAAUGUGCUCAGGCAGGAAUGGGACGGUUUCCGCUUUUCACUUGAAUACCUAGUGGACGGAAAUGAGCGGAUUGUCGCAGUCGGUACAUACCGAGGUACGCAUCGCAAAACAGGCCGGUCUUUUGAAGCUAGGGCAUCGCAUGUCUGGCACCUCCUCGAUGGAAAGAUUGAAAGUUUUGAGCAGUUCGCCGACACAUAUACAAUGCAAAUUGCAGCACUGUCUCCGGUUGACUCGGUUAGCGUAGCGUAAUUCGGCUGUCUCAAUAUACACUGAACCACCAAAUUUGCUUUUCUAGAUGUAUUGGGACGUGCAAUCAUGAAGGAGACUUCGGUAUUCUCGCACUAUGCUAGCUAAUUAACUCUACGCAGCAUCAACGCUGGCAGGUAAGGAGCUCUCUAGACACGCUAAGUUAGCCGAAGACGAGUAUCAUUGUACUCAAGUUAUGUGCUCUAUCUCAACCAAAUAUAUCUACCU